CAAUCGUUUCAAGCAAUGAUUAGUAUUAAAAAAAAAAAGCAAUUAGAAAUAGCUCUUACUAAGCAAAUUCUUUCAAUUAUUACAUUAUUACAAUGCAAUAUUAUAAUUUCAUUAACAAAAGAAAUUAGGUUAUUAAAGCGUUUUACAGCAAGUGGAAGCUUUGUACAGAUUAAAAAUUAAAUAUAAGUUUAAGUAUUGAAGGUUUAAAAAAUGGCAUCGGCGGCAAAAAUAAUUAAAUUUAAUAAGCCAAUAGCAAAGAGCUUAAAAAUAUUUCUGUUGUGGGGAAAGAGGAAUUUAUCGGUUACACUGAAGAAAACGGAUUAGUUAUCAAAAUAUGGUGUAAGGUUUGCGCAAGAAACAAGUAAGCUAUUUUAAGUGAUCGUUCAGUUAGAGGAGUAGUGGUUGGUUCUUUGGAGGCGUUUAUUGAGGGAACUAGUGUGUUAACAAAACAUCAGGUAAGAUUAAAAUUAAAAGCUCAUUUGGAUUUGCAAAUACAGUAAAUAAUUUCAACUACGUUUUUACUUACUUUAUUCACAAAUAUUUAGUACAAUAUUUUUUCAACGAUAAUUUAUAAAUUUGUCUUGAUAUUAUGUUUUUAAUUUUUAAAUUUUGAUUUUUAAAAUAGGUUGAUCGUCAUCUUGAAGGUCAUAUCCAUAAACUGGCGCUGGAAAUCGAUAAGAGAACCCCAACUGAAGAAGCUGGAAUAGGCCACAUUAUAAAUCCAGAUAACCAGAACUCUUUAUAUAAUAAGCAAAACAUUCGCGAAGCGUAUUUUAAGAUGAUAAAAACAGCAUACGAAAUGGCUUUAAAACCAAGCAUGCCCUAUAGUCAUUUUGAAGUACUUAUCAAAUGCCAAAGACUUAAUGGUGUGCAACUUGUAGAAGGAAAAGGCCACAAUCGAGCAGCAUGUCAAUUUAUCUCCUGCAUUGCUAAUGCCAUUAAAGAAAAAAUUGCUAAAAUUGUUAAAGAGAAAAACUUUUUCUCCAUACUUUCUGAUGGCUCUCAAGCACGAAAAACAAAGGAUGAGAAAGAGUUGGUUCUUGUUCGUGUUGAACGAGAUGGCAUACCUGCUUAUCUUGUAGUAUCUUUACUAAAGAUGAACAAUUUGGGUGGUGUGAACGCUAAUACCAUUAAAAAGGCUAUUGACAGCAUUUUUAAUCAAUCAGGAAAUAUUCCUUUAACUGCAGAUGCAUAUAAAAAUAAACUUGUCAGCGCUACUUCUGACGGAGCUAGCGUUAACUUAGGCAUGUAUAAUGGGGUCUUAACUCAAAUGAAAAACAACAGAACAUGGCUAGUUAAAAUGCACUGCGUGAACCACCGUUUGGAACUGGCAAUUAAAGAUAGUGCAAGAAAUAUUGUUCAGUAUAGAGAUUGUGAUCAAUUUUAUACUACCAUCUUCCAUUUAUUUCGCAAUUCUGGAAAAUUAAAAAGUGAAGUUAAAAAAGCAGCAGAGGCACUAAAUAUUACAUAUUACACCUUGCCCAAAAUAUCAGGAACGCGCUUUGUCAGUCACAGAAGACGAGGAUUGACAAGAUUGGUACAUAACUGGCCUGCAAUUAUUGUAGGCUUUGACAACGCACUUGUCAAUCGCGAUACCACAGCAGAAAUGCGCGCUAAACUUUUCGGAAUCUCCAAACGUUUGCAUGACUACCGACUGUUAUGCAUGUUUUGCGGUUACUUAGACGUCUUAGAGAAAUUGAGCCCGUUAUCAUUGGUUUUCGAAAAAAAAACGUUGUUGGUGCACGAGGUAAAACCAGCCAUAGAUCUAACUAAGGAUUACUUGGUUGAACUAAGUAAUGAAACAAUAGACGAUAUACUUGAUUCAUAUUUACUAAAAUUUAGAAUCAAGUACAAAGAUGAUACAACUACUCUUGUUUCUUCUUAUUUCAAAGAUGGCCACAAGUUAAAAACAACAAAUGCAGAAUUUGUUGACAUUGAGCUUUACGAUAUGACUAACAUUAACUUUGAUAGUAUUAAUGCUGCUAUAGAAGUUAGAAAAACUGCAGUCAACAUCAUUAAACCAUUAAUAGACGAUAGAUUUAGUUCGUUGUCAAACACGGUCUUUGAAUCAAUGAGUUGGUUGGAUCCCCAAUUUUGGACAGAAGACAAUAUGUACGGCGAUGCUAGCAUCUCUUUAUUAAUAAGGGAAUUUAAAAUUCCUUUAGAAUAUGCAGGAUUAAAAGUUGAAAUGGUUCUCUCUGAAUGGAAUGCUUUUAAAUUAUUAAUAAACACAGAGUAUAAAGGAGUUACAACGGCGGUGCUAUGGGAGAACAUUUUUGUUUAUUAUAGAAAAACUUUCCCGAACCUUCUUCUUCUUGUUGAACUAAUAAUGUUCAUUUCUUGCUCAAACUCGUCUGUGGAACGGAUUUUCAGUAUACUAACCCUGAUACUAAGUGAUCGUCGUUUAAAAAUGAGCCACCAGACAAUGGAAGACGCAAUAUUGAUAGCCGGGAAUGAUCCAAAUUUUACCGUAGAAGAACGAGAUGAUAUUUUGAAUAGUGCCCUCAAUAUGUACCUAAAUAAACGCAGGGGGGUUCGCCUUGAAUCAAUGGAGAACGCUGAUGCUGCACUAGAAACAAUCGAUAGUUCCGACGAAAGCUCCAUUGACGACGAAUAUAGCUCAACAUCUGAAUCGGACUAUUAAAAUUAUUGUAUUUGUCUUCUCAAUUCCGUUUUUUUUAAUCCAACAAAAUACAUUUAAAAAAAAUCAGAGCUUUUACAUUUAUCAUAAAAUAUACAUGCAUGUCGUCCAUAAAGGCUGUCACAAAAAAUAUUAAUUAUGAGUAAAAGAUCAUUAACUCUCUUCCGCGGAUAUUUUCAUUCAAAAAUAAAACGCUAUAAUACUUUUAAAAUCACUGCGCGCGAGUACAAAUAAUUUCUAUUAGUUCAACUGAGCGUGACGUCUAUUUUUGUUGACUUCUUAUACAAUAAAAAAAAAAUUCAAAUAACAUUCUUGGAUAUUUUAAAUACAAAGUGUCCACUUUUAAGAAUCAUUGCAAGUAACUAAUUGAUUUAUUUAAAAAUAUUUUAUAUAUCGUAUUUUAUCAUUAUAGUUCAAAAAAAUAGUUGAACAUAUGCGUUCUUAUCGUCAUUUAUUGACUUAAUAAACUAUCUUUCAGAAAUAUAUUUGUUUGAAAAUAAUUUUAACAUUUACAUUUAUAAAAAAAACAUGUUUAUAAAUAUAAUCAAAAAAAUGUCUUAUAAAAGCAUUCUUUAGAAGUAAAUUUAUAUUUGGUUCAAAGACUUUAUGUAAACUUUAAGAAGGAUCAACUAAGUUUUUUCUAAAGUCAUUCAAAAAGUUUCGAGCUUAUUUGUUCUUUUCGUAAAUUCACUAAAAAAAUAAUUUUUCAAAAACAAAGAUUAAAAAGUAAAAACAUAAUAAUACUUUCAGGCAUUUAAAAAAACAUAAUUAUAUAAAUAAAAAAAGAAUAUACGAUAUAUAUACUUUGUAAUUAUUGUUAUUCAAAAAUCUUCACGUAAUAUAAAAGUUUUUAAAAAGAUCAACGAUCAACUUGAAAUACAAUAAAAAGUUAUUUCUAACGCUAUUUUAAACAGUUUUUUAUCGACUCAUUUCUAAAACUUAAAAGCAACCGUGGUUAUAUUUUCAAAAAUAUAUAUAAUAUGCGUGGUCAAACAAAGCGCGUGAUCGCACGCCAUUCCCGUCCA